ACCCUGGUUUCUUCAAGUCCUUUCCAACACUGCCAGCCGCCCCAAGUCAAAAUCUGCGCUUUCAUCGUAUCUUUUAUUAUUGUUUUUAGUUGCAAGAGUUUAGAAAACUCCUCUCACACCUAAAUCCACUGCAUCAAUGGAGAGUGUAGCUGUUAAGGAGUUCCCCAAGGCCGCUGGAGAUGCUGGCCAAGUGCAAGAAGCUGGCUUAUUUACCUCGCACUGCUUCCACUUGGACGGGGGGCAUGUGCAGUUUUUGGGGCGAGUUCUCAAAAUGCAGGGCAGCACCUUGCUCAUUGUGAACGGCCGGGAGGCGGAGACCUUCGACGAGCUGGCCAUGGCCAUGCCCGACCGCUAUGACGCCAAGGGCAAGGCUAUCUCCGCCUCCAUCAUGGGCGAUCGGAACCAAACCGAUUCAUCUAUCCUGGCCGAAAAGCUGAGCAAGCGCUACCAGAGGCAGUUCUACGUGAGCGUAAACGUUCAGAUGGACCGACUGCUGCUACCACUGUUCGAGAAAGCGCUAGUCACCUACAUGCACGACCAUCUGGAGCACUUCGUCUGAGGGCCGCCACCGAUGACACGGCGCCGCGUGGGGGUCACUGCCGCUGGAUGCGUCUAUUUCGGGGGACCGCCGGCGACCCCACGGACGCAGCACCGCUCUUGUCUGGGCUGGCCGAUCUCCGAUCAACGCUCAGACGACAUGCGUCGGCCGAGUGAGCGCGCAGUUGAAACGUAUCGCAGAACAACCGAUUUUUGUACAAUAAAUUUAUUGCCCUAAGUAAGUUAA